ACACUCUCUAUACCAGUUUGUCGUGCUUGGUCCUCAGGAUAACCCAAGGAUCUAUUGUUACGAUACGCACGCAGCUCUCUUAAUACAAGUACUGGCUGUAUCUAUGCCCUCUAAAGGAUUGUGCGCUAUCCUUCCCAGCAUGCCUAGCUCGUCCAGAGCUUACGAUAGUGUGGAAUGCUAUCUUCAGGAACGAAGACUGGCAAGGGAGCGACAGCGCAAAAGACACAAAAUAGUAUUGAUUGGAUGUCACGGGUAUAUACUGUUCAGCUUCCAGAGGUGAUUGAAGAUGUGAAGGUCAAGCAGCAUGACAUCUGAGUGCAAGAGUUUGGGGCAACUUACCAAGAUACG